AUGGGCCAGAUCUGUUGUUCUGGUGUUUUCACAAAGAACUCAAAUAAGAAAGUCGUAAAUUCUCUGAAAGAUGGACUCAGCUCCAUCAACAGAGUCUAUGAGGCUCUUAUUGAUGGAGAUGUAGAUCCUCUUAACUAUGAAUGCACCAGAGAGCAGAUUGUUCGGGCGGAGCAGAGUCUGGACCAGUCAGAAAAAGCAGCAAGUAAAGGGCUGAAGGGUUUGGAUAAAGAUAUUGAGACCCUCACACUCGAUGAGGGAAGACUUGAGCAAAUGUUGGAAGAAACAAAAGACACUUUAGAGAACCUGAGAACAAAGCAAGAGUCAAAUGAAGCCUUACUGAGGCAGUCUGAAGAAUCUCUGGAGGUGGUAAGAAGACAUCUUAACUCGGCAAAGGACAAAGUUCAGGAACUAGAAGAAAGGAAACGGAAUGCUGAGAUUGUGUGGGGUGUGGGAGCAGGACUGCUUGCUAUACCAGUCUUUGGAUGGAUUGCUGGUCCUAUCAUGAUGGUUCACGGAGCAGCAGAACAUAAUCAAGCUUUAGAAGCUCUAAAAGUUGCUGAAGAGGAGAUGAGUAACUCUGCAGAUCAAGUGGAAAAGUACAGAAGUAAAGUCUCUAAAUACAACUCCAAGAUUUCCCAGACCGAGCGCGAAAUCAAAAAGAAACACGAUAAGAUAAAGCAGAUCCAUAAAAAGAUCCCAGAGUUGAAGAGGGAGAGAGCUGUUGUAGCUGAGUUACAGAGCAAUUUGAGAAAAGCUGUUCACAUCCUGAGCACUCUGAGUGGGAAAGCUAACGUUGUCGAGUGUCAGACUCGCAGCUUUGUCCUCCUGGAGCCAGUAAUGAAGGUGAUGGAGGAUGUGAUGAAGUCAGCAAGAGAUAUUGCAGAGAGUCAGUUCCUCUCUGAUAAAGGAAUACUAAGGCUUCUUGAUACGAUGAGGGAGAAACAUAAUGUGGCAGUUCGUAUGAUAAGGGAGAAACAAAGCCUGGAGGCCAGUAGUGACGCCUGUGAAUUGUAUAUUUGAUUUUGAGUCAUUCUGGAAUGAUA